CGACCUUGAACGCGCUGACUGGAAGCGGGCAUUCCGUAUUUCAAUUGCCGUGUGUGUGUUGGGUGCUAUGAGUAUUAAAUGUUUCCAUAUAUAAGUCAUCUUUUGAUGCAUAAUAAACACUAAAUAACUGCUAAGAGCGUUAACUGAGUAUUUUCUGUUUUGUAGUGCACACUUUAGCUCUGUCGUUCCUUCGAAACUUGAUCUGUGGUCCUAAGUGCUGUAGUGAAAGUCAACAGCUAUAUAUAAUUUGUUGAUAAGGUCCAGAAAACAACGUAAGAAAGAUAAAAUAACGUAAAAGGUUAUAGGUGCGCCUAGUUUUUGUGAGUUAAGACGAAAUGUCAACUGAAGGGUAAGUCCUAAAUAUUUGUUGUUCUUCCUUCAGUUAAUUUUUUUUCAAGGAAUAACCUUUUUUUUAAUAACUAUUGUAUGUUGUCUCUAGUGCUUCAUGCUCAAGUGAAAUUUCAGUGAACGUAAGCGACGCGUUCCAACGUAUUAUGCUGAACAAGAGAUUCGGAAGCUGGAUUGAAUUAGAUAAUGCGCUAAAGGAUUUCCAUAAAAUGACCCAUACACACUAUGUUCACGCAGAAAGUAGAUUGUUGAAGGAUGUGAGAUAUAAAUACUUGUUCGUAGUGUUUCGUUGCACGUUUGGUCGUAAACGUAAAUCAGGUCUGAAUGUGAAUAAAAAACCGUCUAAAUUUUUAAAUUGCCAAUCGAUGUUUCGCGUAAGAUUGGAGGGUCAACAAUACGUUAUAAAAUCUUACAACAUGUCUCACAACCAUCCGUGUACUAGUUCGUGGAUGGUUUGUGAUCCGUUGAGUAGACGAUUGUCAUCAGAAGAAAAAGAAAAUUUGAAACCAGUUAUAUUGCACUGUCAGUCGACGGACGAAGUUAUUGAAAGUAUUAAGGAAAGAACAGCUCAUCAACUUCUUAGGUGUUGCUGCAGAUGGAAAUUAGACAAUACACACAAUUUACAAAACAACACAGGAAUUUCAUUACCGAGACUGAGUAAAGAAUAUAUACAACUUCAACGGCUACAAAGAAUGUGCAAACAACAAAUUGUUGAGAAAUAUGGUGAACGCUUCGCGAAUCAGGUGGAGAGAAAAGUCCACAAUUUUUACUUAAGAAUUAUAAACAGCUAGACAACAGGUUUACGAUUAACAGUCCUUUGUGGCUUUAUUUUAGACCACUAUUUAUACAACUUGUAAACUUAUCUUUCCAAUUUAGUAGUCAUGAAAAAUCAAUAAACUUUUUCUCAUUU